GCCCUGUAUGUUAAUUCCUCACUGACAGUUAACUACCAACUGAUAAGAAACAUGAGCCUAUCGGGGUCUGCUGUUUCCUUGACUAACCAGAAUUAAAUGACCUGAACCCAGCCCUUUGAAGCAAGAUUCAAAGUCAUCUUCUCACUAUAUGCAAAGCAGCUGCUGCCAAGUAGGCAGUGAUGUAGCAUGGGAGGGGCAUUGCCCUGGGCACAUUUUUUCAAGUGGGUGCCACCAUGUACUGCCACUAUAGCUCCCUCAUUGAGGGAACCCACAACUGGGCUGGCCUUUGGGGCUGGAGUGUGGGUGGCAGCAGCAACCGGUCCAUUCCUGGAUCAGGCGUGACUUGGGAGCAGAAGCGUUGGAGAGGUGGUGAUACUGCAGCCGAGGGAGUAACGAAGUCCAUCUGCCACUAUGCCUUGCAUGGCUGUUGGAGCUCAUUUCUCGCUCAGUACAUGGGGCUACUGGGGUGCUGUGUUGGGCUCCUUCAUCUUCUGCGUCCCUCUCCCAGUCUGCCCUGCCCUCCGGUGCUCACAGAUACACAGGCUGGGUACCAUGGGCUCAUGCAAUGCCGCAGCAAAUGGGUCUUCAGUAGAAUCCAAUUUUAAAAUGGGAUGUGCUACAAAUUGUCCCUCAACGAAUUACACCUUCUCUACAUUAGAAGAUGACUUACAGAAUAGGAUCUACUGCUGCCAAACUCUCUUCUGCAACGAAAGACGGAUUGACUGGGGAGGAUAUGGUUUCAAUGGGCUAAGGUGUCCGUUCUAUGAUGCUUCUGACCCAGAAAAUUGUCCGAAGUUGAGAAAUCUCAGAUGUCGUGGUGAUGAGACUCGAUGCUUUGAAUUUGUCCUUGUUCACAAUGACAGUUCGGUUCCUGAUAAGGUUUAUAACGGCUGUGCCACCCCAACGUUUUGUGAGUUGGCUAGGACAUCACCGUAUUAUGACUACCUUUCAGGCACUAUAACAGAAGCACGAUGCGGUGAUACUCUGCCUCACUGAAAGCGGCUCAACAAUGAAGAGCAGUUAGGAGAGAAGAAUGUCUCCAUCAUUUUGGAUCCCACCACUUGCAGCAUCGGUAGAGGUGGAGAUUGCCUCUCUGAUGGUGGCUUUGCAGAGUUUCUGGAAUUCACAGGACUCCUGUGUCUUUUAUCUGGCAUUUGGUGGAGGCUGAAUGGGAUGCAGAGCAUAGAGAAAUGUGGGGCUUGGGAGCUAUGUCUCAUGAUAUGGUUUAUGGGUUAAUUUUUCCUUCCUUCAUAAUCAAAAUAAACUGGUGUGGCAA